AGAGGAGUGAGGGCAGACAGACACACUGUAGGAGGAGAGGAAGGAUACCCACCUGUUGAACAGCAGCGGUCUGCUUUCAAUACACUUUUAUUUCUCUUGUUUUGUGUGUUUUUUCCUCGGAGAGUGUCAGAGUCUGAGCCUUCAGGAUGACGGACACGCUUCUACCAAACGGUAUCAAAGACAGCGGAGGAGACAGCAGCUAUUUCAGAAAGGGUUGUAACCCAUUCGCCCAGACUGGACGAAGCAAACUGCAGAAUAAACGAGCCAGUCUGAACCAGCAGAUCAUCAAACAGAUGAGGAUGAGGGCUGGAGCUGAGAACCUGCUGAAGGCUACAUCUAACAACAAGGUUAAAGAGAUGGUUCUGUUGGAGUUGAGCUAUGUUAACUCCAACUUGCAGCUGCUGAUGGGACAGCUGGAAGGACUCAACAGCUCAGUGGAGGUCUACCAGAGUACCCAGGAAACAACCAACAUCCCCCUCAUUGCUCUGGGGCUGAAGGAGACAAAAGACCUUGACUUCUCCACCUUUUUCAAGGACUUCAUCUUGGAGCACUACAGCGAAGACGGGAGCAGUUUUGAAGAUGAGAUUGCUGACCUGAUGGACCUGCGACAGGCUUGCAGAACGCCAAGUCGAGACGAAUCCGGGGUGGAACUGCUGGCGAAAUACUUCGGCCAUCUUCCUUUGAUGGAGAGCCGAUUCUUCUCCCCAUCUCGCCAGACUGGCAUCUUCUUCACCUGGUAUGACUCCUUCACUGGAGUGCCAGUAUGCCAACAGAACCUGUCACUGGAGAAGGCCAGCAUCCUCUUCAACAUGGCCGCCCUCUACUCUCAGAUCGGUACCCGUAGUGACCGACAGACAAUAGCUGGCCUGGAGGAGGCCAUCUCCUCCUUCCAGAAAGCUGCAGGUGUCCUGAACCACCUAAAGGAGACAUUCACCCACACUCCCAGCUACGACAUGAGCCCAGCCAUGCUCAGUAUGCUGAUUCGCAUGAUGCUUGCUCAGGCUCAGGAGUGCCUCUUUGAGAAGACUGCACUGCCUGGGAUCCGAAACCAGUUCAAUUCCCUGAUGAAAAUGGCCCAGGAGGCUGCAAAGGUGUCAGAAAUCUACGACCAAGUCCAUCAGUCCAUGAUCCAGACGCCAAUCAAAGACAAUGUCCCGUUCUUCUGGUCCACCAUGUCGCAAGUCAAAACCAACCACUAUCGCUCCAUGGCACACUACUUUGUAGCCUCAGCGCUCCUGGACCACCAGUUGGGUCUCAGUGACGAUGAGGACCAGCAGGAGAAGACCUUGUCCCAGGUCUAUGAUCGCCUUCCUGAGGGAUGCUCUCCUCUUGACAUCCUGAAAAAGAAAGAUGAACGUGAACGUAUCGGUAAAGCACACAUUCGUCGGGCCAUACUGGGUCAUGAGGAGGCUCUAAGGAUCUUCAGUUUGUGCCAACACUUAAACAAUCUGGACACCCUGCAGGAUAUUUUAAGAGCCAGUCACCAGCGCUCUCUCAACAAGUUCAGCGAAAAUGAGGAUGAGGAAGAGUUCACUGACUACAUGGAGGCCCCAGACAUCAUCUCUAAAACAGAGCACAAAGCAGAGAUGGAGAUUCCUGCGGCCACAAAGGUGAAAGUCACAGACUUCUUCCAGAGGCUGGGCCCUCUGUCAGUCUUCUCAGCCAAGCAGCGGUGGACAGCCCCACGGACAAUACACCUUCACCCAGAGGACAGAGACCUGGGCUUCACCCUGAAAGGAGAAUCACCAGUCCAGGUGGUUUCGUUGGACCCUCUCAGCCCAGCUGCUACUGAUGGUCUAAAAGAGGGUGACUAUAUCGUUGCUGUGGGCGACACAGACUGCAAAUGGUUGGGCGUGAGUGAUGUGAUGCGGCUGCUGAAGGAUGUUGAUGAGGAGGGGAUUGAAAUCCAGGUGAUCAGCAUCAUGGACAGCAACCCUUCAAUGCCUACCAAGAGUGCCACCUUCUGCGGAAACCUGCCCAAGACCUACUCUAUGAUCUGUCUGGCCUAUGAUGAUGACGACAAGAACUCCAAGUCUCGCAAAGUAACCAAGAAGCCAUCCUUCCUCAGCUGGGGUCUGAAAAACAGGCUGAAGAGCGCCAGCACCCUCAGCCUUCCCACAGCCGACAACUCCGGCACCCUUCCCUGGAAUAAACCUUGUCCCACCUUCCCAAGCUCCAGCUCCUACAACAACGACAGUGCCCUCUACUGAGCUAGCUGCAGACCUUUUACUGUCUGCAAGCAUGGUGCGGUGUGCAUUUCAGGCCUAGUAUGGCUGUAUACAGUACUGUGUUGUACCCAUACUGAACCUGGCUAUGGUACAGUACCAGUGCCCUUUGGUGUUUCCACUGGAAUACUGAACAGUAGUGCAUUAAGCUUGUAUGUCACCAUUGUGAUGAUGACAUUUCUGCCACCUACCUUGGAAAGUGGCUGUGCCAUAAACUGUAUAUACAGUCGGUGCCUAUGUUGGUCCAUGGGCACCUUCCCAGCACAGUUCAGUAUCUGAAGUAAACCGGGCUGCACACCAAACAUAAUGGGAAAUCAUUGUGUACCAUGCCAGUAUGCGUACAGCACAGUACAACUGCACAGUGGGAAAAACAUACCAGUUAUCAUUCCAGUCUAUAUUUAUACACACAGCACUGAGACAGGCCUCGAAGUUAAACUGUCAUCUCAGUAUGUUUUCUUGAUGAAACGCUCCAGAUGAAUUGAAGGACGAAAACAAAGAUGUGCAAACACACCCAGUGAAGGUUUGUACUCGACUGCAAGGGGGUAAUUUUAUCGUGGCUUAAACAGUCCCUUGUUUGUUCCAUUGUGUACUGAUGUAGCCGUGCACUGUGCAAUUAAGUUCUUGUGUAUCCUCAAUACAUGUCUGUUUCAUACUGUAGGCUAUGAGUGAAGGAUUAGGUCAUUGCCAUGUUGCAAUCAGUGGAUAUGGAUCAAUUUUGGAGAUUGAACUACAUUUUCUAAAUAGAUGUGUAGAUGUUAUGAGCCUUGUUGCAGUAUGCUAAACAGUGACAGAGGGAAAAACAAAGUGUGCUGUGCAGUUGUUUAUUGUCUGGGGAGAGUUGAUGAAUGCAAUGUUCUAUAAGCUGCUAAAAAGAUUUAUAUAUAUAUAUAUAUACCUUGGUUAUGUAUUAUUGUCACUUUUGUAUUUGUGAGACAGCCUUUGAGGAUUAUUGUUUCUGCUGAGUGUCAAUCCUGAGACACAGUGUAAAUGAAAAUAUUGGUAUUUUAGGUUUGCUUAAUGUACCAGUCAUGCCACAGACCAAAAUGCCUCCGUGUCCCUGAUACGCCAGGAUGUACCAUUUACAAUCCUGACUCAUCUUACCCAGCUCAUACCUUCUUUUAUCAGUUUUGCUGCUGUCUGGCAGUUUGUCCAAUUGUAAGUCGAGCGUGAGCUCCGCGUCUCUCUGUUAAUGUGAAUCUUGAUGUAGUUUAAAGUUUAUUUUGUCUCCAGAAGGGAAGAAUGUGGGCAGACCGAUGACAUUCCUGCAUCGUACGUGGACAGCCGGUCACCCAGCGGUGACUUUGAUCAAAGCCCACAGUCAGGUUUCUACUAUUUGUCUCUAACUGUCUUAAUGCUAGACACAUCCCACAUUUUACUGACACUCUGCAGUGUUGGACUAUCUCUUUAUCUACAAAGUAGAUUCUUAUACACAUUUGAUAAUCAAAUUAUUUAUGUAAUAAAAAAAAAUACACACACAAAAAAAAUAUAUAUAUAUAUGUAUGUUGUAGGUUUCAGAACAAGUUUUUGAAUGGUGAGGUUGUGAAUUUUUGCACGUUGGAUUUCUUGGUUGGUUUCUUGGAGGAAUGUAUUUUACUAGCCUUGCUUAAUCCUUUGGUGAACUUAUAUACUGGUACGUUUUGUCUAUGUAAAGGUAUUUUAAGAUGUUUUUAAACAGUAACACUGAGAAGAUGUAACACUCAAUACUGUCUCUGUUUACCUAAUAUGGUGUCUUAUGUGCCAUUCAUGCUUAAUCAUAAAGGAAAAUGUCACAAUAUGUGUACAACAAGAAUGUGCAGUAAUUGAUUAAGAAGUGCUAAUAGAGAAUGUUGUAGACUUAACAGAUCUUUUAACGCAUUUCGCUGUGUAUAGUGAUUCUAACUGCCUUGGUCUAUAUGCAGAGAGUUAUGGUACCUGUUCUUCUAAAGGUUUCAGGUUGCCUUUGCUUCUUUCUCUGUACUGCAUAGCAACUGUGGUGUGAAUGCUUUGUAAGUCUUUGUGUCAUAUGUACAAACUCAAAUCUCAAUAAAAGAGGGGGACAAAACAAA